GCGGCAAAAUUAAAUAAAUAAAUAAAUAAGUGAAUAAAUAGUGAUGGCCGUAAGGCUCUACCGUACAGGUGAAGAAUACCCCCUCAGCUGUAAACCCCUUCCAGACAGCAGAGGGAGCAGAGGGGCCGCUGAAUCCCUCCCAUCCAGUAGAGCACCAUCUCCCCCGGUCACGUGACUCCCGGACUCCUCCAUGGUGAGUUAUUUCCAUCUCCCUCAGUCAUGGCGGUGUCGGGGAGUCGCGGAGAUGGAGUAAACACCAUCAUUACCACUACUACAUCUUAAUUUUAUAUUUAUGUUAAUUUCCUAGCUUCAUGCUGGACUGUAUUCGCUGCCAUUGGAGAAAUCACAAACAUCCCGCAGGCUGCUGUGCUUCCAACGAUGGCCGACCGCGGCGUUGAUCUGACGGCUCUGCCUAAAGAGGUCAGGGACCAGCUGGCGGAGUUGGAUCUGGAGCUAUCUGAAGGUGACAUUACACAGAAGGGCUAUGAGAAGAAAAGGACUAAACUCCUGGCUCCCUACAUCAUCCAUAUUCCAGCGCCGCCUCCUCAGAAUGACGUGCAGCCUCCCGCUCCCAGCUCCUCCAGCCACCAGCUUCCCCCCUCUAGUUCGUCCCGCUACCGUGAGCGCCGCUCCCGCAGAGCACAUCGGGGCGGAGGGACCAGGGAUGACCGCUACAGAUCAGAUAUCCACACUGAGGCAGUACAAGCUGCCCUGGCUAAACAUAAAGAGGAGAAGAUGGCUCUUCCCAUGCCUACUAAACGCCGCUCCACUUAUGUGCAGUCUCCCAUUGAAACUCGCACACCACCAGACUCCUCUUCAGGUUCUGACGACGAGAUGUCUGCGCGCAGACACUCCUCGGUGGUGGCUCCCCCGCCUCCAGUCAAUCCCAACCUGCAGAGCCCCGAGUCUUGGAUCAACCGCUCCGUCCAGGGUUCCUCCACCUCCUCGUCGGCCUCGUCCACCCUGUCCCAUGGAGAGGCCAAGCCUCAGCCUCAGAGCCAGCCUCAGCCUCAGUACAAGCCUCAGUACCAGCCUCUGUAUCAGCCUCAACUCCAGCCUCAGUACCAGCCUCAGCACCAUCCACACGAGCAGACCCGCACUGCAGCUGUGACGGACAUGCUCGCUCACAGUCGCAUUGCUCCCUCAGGGAACAGCGCCCCUCCUCCAGAUGUGACUGCCGUGGCCCCACCGGCCAGAGGUCCCCGGGUGGACCUGCCCUCCAACGCCAUUGUCCGGGGGAUGAGCCGCGGGCAGAGCCGCUCCAGCAUGAUGGAGACUGCUGACGGAAGAGGUAAUAUCCAGAGAGUUCCUGUGAGCAGCAGAGUGUCCACUAAGAUCCAGCAGCUGCUCAACACGCUCAAGAGGCCCAAGAGGCCCCCGCUCAGCGAGUUCUUCACAGACGACUCUGAGGAGAUCGUAGAAGCUCCCCAGCCAGACCCCAACACACCCAGACCGGAGGGCCGGCAGAUCAUGCCAGUGAAAGGAGAGCCUCUGGGAGUGGUCAGCAACUGGCCCCCAGCCCUGCAGGCCGCUUUGGCCCGUUGGGGGGCCACUCAAGGGAAGAGCCCUGCCCUCACUGCUCUUGACAUCACGGGAAGGCCACUCUAUACUCUGACUUAUGGGAAGCUGUGGAGUCGCAGUGUGAAGCUGGCGUACACCCUCCUGAACAAGCUGGGCACCAAGAACGAGCAAAUCCUCAAACCUGGAGACCGGGUGGCGUUGGUGUACCCCAACAGUGACCCUGGGAUGUUCUGGGUGGCCUUCUAUGGCUGCCUCCUGGCUGAAGUUAUACCAGUACCUAUUGAGGUACCGCUGUCUCGCAAGGACGCAGGUAUCAGCCAGGUGGGCUUUCUGCUCGGCAGUUGUGGCGUUGGUCUGGCUUUGACCAGUGAAAUCUGCUUGAAGGGUCUUCCCAAGACGCCCGCUGGCGAAAUAAUGCAAUUCAAAGGCUGGCCUCGAUUAAAGUGGGUGGUAACAGACUCAAAAUACCUGACCAAGCCUUCGAAAGACUGGCAGCCUCACAUCCCCACUGCUAACACUGAUCCGGCGUAUAUAGAGUACAAGGCAAGUAAAGAGGGCACAGUGGUGGGUGUGGCUGUAUCCAAAGUGGCCAUGUUGACCCACUGUCAAGCCCUGACCCAGGCCUGCAACUACUGCGAGGGGGAGACCCUGGUGAAUGUCCUGGACUUCAAAAAAGAUAUGGGAUUAUGGCAUGGGGUGCUCACGGCUGUAAUGAACAGGAUACACACUAUCAGUGUUCCCUACGCAGUAAUGAAAGCUUGCCCGCUCUCCUGGGUGCAGAGAGUCCACAUCCAUAAAGCUCGUGCAGCUUUGGUGAAGUGUCGUGAUCUCCACUGGGCCAUGAUGGCUCACCGGGAACAGAGAGACACCAGCCUGGCUUCGCUGCGGAUGCUUAUUGUUGCUGAUGGUGCUAACCCAUGGUCGGUGUCUUCGUGCGAUGCCUUCCUGAACGUGUUUCAGUCCCACGGGCUGAAGCCUGAGGUCAUCUGUCCCUGUGCCACCUCUCCUGAGGCCAUGACAGUAGCUAUACGCAGGUCUGGAGUCCCGGGUGCACCGCUCCCCGCCCGCGCAAUCCUUUCCCUCGGCGGACUGAGCCACGGAGUCAUCCGGGUCAACACGGAGGACAAGAACUCUGCCCUGACCGUACAAGAUGUGGGACAUGUCAUGCCUGGAGCUCUGAUGUGCAUUGUGAAGCCUGAUGGACCCCCUCAGCUGUGUAAAACAGAUGAGAUUGGAGAGAUAAUAAUAAACUCCCGUGCUGGUGGCACCAUGUACUACGGCCUGCCUGGAGUCACCAAAAACACCUUUGAGGUAAUACCAGUUAAUGCUAAUGGAGUUCCCAUCGGAGAGAUUCCAUUUGUGCGGUCAGGACUCCUGGGGUUUGUUGGCCCAGGCAGUCUGAUCUUCGUGGUGGGGAAGAUUGAGGGACUGCUGAUGGUUAGCGGCCGGAGACACAAUGCAGAUGACCUAGUGGCCACCGCCCUCGCUGUGGAGCCAGUUAAGACUGUGUACCGUGGGAGGAUUGCUGUCUUUUCAGUCACUGUGUUCUAUGAUGAGAGGGUCAUAAUUGUGGCAGAGCAGAGACCAGAUGCCAGCGAGGAGGACAGCUUCCAGUGGAUGAGCCGAGUGCUGCAGGCUAUUGACAGCAUCCACCAGGUGGGCCUCUACUGUCUGGCCCUGGUCCCAGCCAACACCUUACCCAAAACGCCCCUGGGUGGCAUCCACAUCUCUGACACAAAGCAGUUUUUCUUGGAGGGCAACCUGCACCCUUGCAACAUCCUUAUGUGUCCCCAUACCUGUGUCACCAACCUGCCCAAGCCUCGACAGAAGCAGCCAGUUGGUGUAGGUCCUGCUUCUGUCAUGGUGGGCAACCUGGUGGCGGGCAAGAGGAUCGCCCAGGCUGCAGGGAGGGACCUCGGCAUGAUCGAAGACCAGGAUCUUGUCCGGAAGCUCUGUAUGUGGCCUACUGUGAUGCACCAGUUUUUGUCAGAGGCUCUACAGUGGAGAGCACAGACAGACCCAGACCAUGUCCUCUACGUUCUUCUUAAUGCUAAGGGUGUGGCGGUUGGCACAGCAACCUGCGUCCAGCUGCACAAGCGUGCAGAGAAGAUCGCCGCUGCUCUCACAGAGAAAGGCAGCAUCAACACCGGAGAGAACGUCGUGCUGCUCUAUCCUCCUGGCAUUGAUUUGAUUGCCGCCUUCUACGGGUGUCUUUACGCCGGAUGCGUUCCUGUGAACGUCAGGCCUCCGCACCCUCAGAACCUGGCCGCUACGCUGCCAACUGUCCGCAUGAUUAUUGAUGUCAGUAAGGCUGCCUGCAUCCUUACGACACAAACCCUAAUGAGGACUCUGCGAUCCAAAGAGGCUGCUGCCUCUGUAAACAUUAAAACAUGGCCGACAAUCAUUGACACAGAUGACCUCCCUCGCCGGCGGCCUCCACAUAUCUAUAAGCCACCCACGGCAGAGAUGAUAGCUUAUCUGGACUUCAGUGUGUCCACUACUGGCAUGCUUACUGGGGUCAAGAUCUCUCAUGCAGCCAUCAGUGCACUUUGUCGCUCUAUAAAGCUUCAGUGUGAGCUGUACUCCUCUCGCCAAAUAGCCAUCUGUCUAGAUCCAUACUGUGGUCUGGGCUUUGUCUUAUGGUGCCUCGCAAGUGUUUACUCAGGUCACCAGUCCAUCCUGAUUCCCCCCUUCGAGCUGGAGAGCUGCUUGUCUCUGUGGCUAAGCACGCUCAGUCAGUAUCGCAUCAGAGACACCUUCUGCUCCUACUCCGUAAUGGAGCUUUGCACCAAAGGACUCGGUACUCAGACCGAGUUACUCAAAGCGCGUGGGGUGAACCUGUCAUGUGUGCGGAGCUGUGUGGUGAUAGCAGAAGAGCGCCCCCGCCUCGCCCUCUCACACUCCUUCUCCAAGCUGUUCAAAGAUGUGGGGCUGUCGUCCAGAGCUGUCAGCACUGCGUUUGGCUCCAGGGUUAACUUGGCCGUCUGCCUGCAGGGCACCACUGGUCCUGAUCCCUGCACGGUGUAUGUGGAUAUGAAGUCCCUCCGCCACGACAGAGUGAGGCUGGUAGAGAGAGGAGCCCCUCAGAGUCUUCCUCUAAUGGAGUCUGGCAAGAUAUUACCAGGUGUUCGGGUGAUAAUUGUAAAUCCAGAGACCAAAGGCCCGCUUGGUGAUUCUCAUCUAGGAGAGAUCUGGGUGAACAGCCCCCACAAUGCCAGUGGCUACUACACCAUCUAUGGAGAGGAGAGUCUUCAGGCCGACCACUUCAACACCAAGCUGAGCUUCGGAGACCCGCAGACUUUGUGGGCCAGAACUGGAUACUUAGGUUUUGUGAAGAGGACAGAGCUGCUUGAUGCCAGUGGGGAUCGACACGAUGCUCUGUUUGUCGUCGGCUCGUUGGACGAGACGCUGGAGCUGCGAGGUUUGCGCUACCACCCUAUUGACAUUGAAAUAUCAGUGUCACGGGCUCACCGAAGUAUCGCUGAGAGUGCUGUGUUUACAUGGACCAACCUGCUAGUGGUGGUGUCGGAGCUGUGUGGUUCAGAGCAGGAUGCGCUGGACCUGGUGCCUCUGAUAACCAACGUGGUCCUGGAGGAGCACCACCUCAUCGUGGGUGUAGUGGUUAUCGUGGACCCCGGGGUUAUACCCAUCAACUCCAGAGGGGAGAAGCAACGCAUGCACCUCCGCGACUCCUUCCUCGCUGACCAGCUAGAUCCUAUCUAUGUUGCUUACAACAUGUGAGUGCUCGUGGCAUUCUGAGCUUGUUGAGUGUUCUGCGCCAUCAUCCCGUGCACUGACUUGGCAGAGGGUGUAAAGCAAAUGCAUGAACCACGUGUACAGACGCCCAGCCCUGUGUGACACCAGCAUAUCGUGGCUACUGCAUGUCUGUGAUUGGAUCUGCCAUGUCUGGAGUUGUUCACUGUGUUUUUAUAAAUAUAAUUCUGCAGAUGGGACUAUGGUGACAUGUUCUGCACAUUGCAAUGAAAAAAAGUCCCUGCUGCACUUAUUUUAAUUUGUUUUUUGUUUGUUUGUUUUUUUGGAGAAAGGGCAAAACAACACUAACAAAAGGACCACUUUAUAAUGAAUACUGUACUAGUCUAGUCUGUGAUCAUUUUCUUAUUCUGUAGUUAUAACAAACACGCUCCCUUUCGUGUCCACACAGAGCUACUAAACUGAAAUCAGCAACUUGAAAAUAUUUUUACAUGCAGCUUGCAAACAAACGCACACAAACGCAUGUGCUGAGCCCAUUUCUCACCAACAUGGAUGAACUACAGGGUGGAACAGUUUCAUGUGUGCAUUAUUUACAGAAGCUUAUAUUUUUCCCCCUUGAUAAUAAAGCCAAAUAGAUUUUCCUCCCUAAUAUAUUUCCUGCCUUAUAAAACUUCAGCCAUACAUUCCUAUCUUAAUUUUUAUUGAAUUCACUAUUAGUGGCUGUUUAUUCUCCUUUGGGUUUGACCAGUAGAGGAAAUCCUGACAGAUAUCCAAAGGUAUAAGAGGAAAGAGGCCAUAUUCUGUACUGUACCUACAAGGGCCUCAUUGUAUUUUAGAUACUGUGUGUUGCUGUAUAGAUAUUUUUAAUUGUAUAAAUGUAUAAAUGCGCCUCUCUCAGUUGGUUUCAGGAUAGUUAACCAAGCUGGGAGAUUAUAAUAGUAGCAGAAAGAAGAUAAUGUAAAUAAGAGUUAACAGUUUUGAAAGUCUUUUUGAAGAAAGACAAGAGCUAUAUAACUGAGGGUAGAGAUAAAUAAAUAAAACGUGUUAGCCAGGACAGAUAUAACAUUGCACUUUCUCAAACAAAUCAUCUAUUUUAUUAUAACAACGAGGCAUUACACGUAAUAGAGCGUAUAUUAUUUUGAAGACUCUUGAUUGAAGUGGCUUUGAGAGUGUCCUGGGAAGACUGUCACUGUUUAUGCUAGGAAACCUUCCUAAUGGCCACUGGUAAUAAAAAAAAAAAAAAAGAAAUUAAAAAAAAAA